ACAUUAUUUUGAAAGCAGCGUUGAACACGGAAGUAGCAAACUCGCACGUUGGAGUACUUCUUGAACUGCAAUCGAGCACACAGAGCAGAGACCUUCAACAUGUCUUACAGCGCAAAGAUAGGCCCGUCCAUCCUCAGCAGUGACCUCGCAUGCCUGGGCAGUGAAUGCGUCCGAAUGAUGGAGUGCGGAGCUGACUACCUGCACCUCGACGUUAUGGACGGUAAUUUUGUCCCCAACAUCACCUUUGGCCACCCGAUGGUGGAGUGCCUAAGGAACUGCGUGGGGCCAGACCCUUUCUUUGACAUGCACAUGAUGGUGUCGAGGCCGGAGCAGUGGGUGAAACCCAUGGCAGCAGCAGGAGCUAGUCAGUACACGUUCCACCUGGAGACCACUACUAAUGCUGGAAACCUCAUUAAGGAGAUCAGAGAGAGUGGCAUGAAGGUGGGCCUGGCCAUAAAGCCUGGGACCACAGUAGAGGAGUUGGCCCCAUGGGCAGGACAGAUUGACAUGGCACUGGUCAUGACUGUGGAGCCUGGCUUUGGAGGCCAGAAGUUCAUGGAGGACAUGAUGCCCAAGGUUAGCUGGCUAAGGAGUCAGUUUCCCUCUCUGGACAUUGAGGUGGACGGAGGAGUGGGUCCCUCUACCAUCCACAAGUGUGCUGAGGCGGGUGCUAACAUGAUUGUGUCGGGCAGUGCGGUGGUGAGCAGCGACGACCCUCGCUCUGUCAUCACAAUGCUGAGGACUGCUGUCUCUGAGGCCAUACAGAAACGCUCACUGGACCGUUGACACGCCCCCUGGCUGGCGAUCACCACAGUAAUUCCUCACACCAGAACGCCAUAGCAACAUGCUAAUACACCCUAAAGUGGGACAGUCAAAAGAUGUUUCUCUUUGGUGGUCAGGGAGGGGUGUGGAAGUUGGUGCUCUGCAGACGGGUGUGCUGAUGUCACAGUUUGAUCCAGUGAAGCUGUGCCCCUCAAUACCCCAGAACAUCAGAACCAACCCCAAAUCCCCACACUCAGCCAGGAUCACUACUCAACCAAUGAUUUACCCACCUACCAGCUUAGGCCUGUGGAUAAAUUAACACUUUAACGAGAGUGGAACAGUGGUUAUGUUGAUUGCACACAAUAAUUGUAAACAUUCCUGAAUAUUUUUUGGAAUACUGUUAUGUCGAACUAAUGAUAAAGAUAUGUCUGACAAAAAAAUGUAACUGAA